AUGGCUAGGACGUACUUGGAGGCGGCUGUGACGAACGAACAGCCCAGAGUAUUGGUCAUGGACUACGCAAAGACGAUUGGCGGAACGUGGGCAUACGAGAGAAUAUACCCGGGCUUGAAGACCAACAAUGUGGCGGGAACGUACGAGUUCAGUGAUUUCCCUAUGGAUCUCGAUCGAUACUCGCUGAAGGCCGGCCAACAUAUCCCAGGAUUGACCGUUCAUCACUACUUAUCAGAUUUUGCCGAGCACUUUGGUCUGAAAGAUCUCAUCCGACUAGAGACAAAAGUUCUCGCUGCUACGAUGUCAGAAGACGGAACGUGGCUCAUUGACUUCUCCGACAGAAAUGCAGGAAAUCUGCAUGAACAACCUACUGCACGGCGUUUGAAGACGAAGAAGCUUGUGCUGGCAACAGGCCUUACAUCUGAGCCUUUCAUGCCUAGCCUUCCGGGACAGCACCGCUUCCAGGGAAAUAUGAUUCAUUCCAAACAGCUCAAGGAGGGGAUGGACGUCAUCAAACAAUCUCGGAACGUGGUAGUCAUCGGCGGCAAUAAAUCAGCUUGGGAUGUCUGCUACGCCGCAGCCAUGGCGGGUGCACAAGUACACAUGGUCAUGCGUCCGUCUGGAGGUGGUCCUAGCUGGGUUUGGCGGCCAAUUCAAAUAUUCUCCUUCCAAACAUCACUCUCUCGCUUGUCACUCACGCGGUUGUUUACGUGGUUUGACCCGUGGCCUUUCAGCUCGUCGGAAGGUGUCAUGAAAAAGUUCCUCAACCGUUCGACAUUGGGAAGGAGAGUCCGGUCCUGGUUUUGGAACAUCUUAGACUACUACGUGUGCAGAGCCAACGGUUACUCUAGCAACCGUGCAGUUCGCCUGAUGAAGCCAUGGACUUCGACAUUCUGGAUGGGAAACUCCUUGAGCAUUCAUAACUACGACACCAACUGGUUCCAGCUUGUUAAAGACGGCCGAGUCGUCCCUCAUAUCGCUGAAAUUAGUUCGCUUGAUCGACGAUCAGUCCACCUGACGAGCGGUAUAGAGGUCGAAGCAGACAUUGUCGUCGCUUGUACAGGGUGGAAAUCCAUACCUUCGAUAGACUUCAAAGUUGGUAAUCUUCAGGGCCAACUGCCCUCGGUGCUAGGCGGAACGCAGUUGGGAAUAUCUGACCUAGGAAGUUCGAGCUUUCUCAAAAUUUCUCAGUCGCCAGAGGAAGGUUCGUUCACAUCCUCGAACAGCACCUGCUCAGAUCAAAGCAUCAGAGAAGCUAGAAAUGUAGUGAUACGGCUUUGCCCAGAUCUGGUCAUUAAGCCUGUUCGGAGUCUUCCCACUGGGCUGCUUGGAGAAUCAGAAGACGCUGACCCAGGCCCUGCGUCCGCGCCUUUCUGUUUAUACCGAUUCAUGGUCCCUUCUUCUGACGCAUUCUUGGCGACGCGCAACUUAGCAUUCAUAGGGGCGCACCUAUCCAUCCAUGCCGUGAUGCUGGCGCAGGUACAAGCUCUUUGGAUCACGGCGUUCUUCCAGGGCUUGUCACCAAAUGUGCAAGGUGGUGCAGGUACUAUGAGACAAGAAGCACUACUGCAAUCCGAGUAUGAGCGAGUUCGAAGACCGAAAGAGGCCGGAGGGUCUGGCGCCAGGUUUCCCGACUUGGUGUUCGACAGCCUGCCAUAUAUGGACAUGCUACUUGAAGACCUGGCAAUGAAGACAAAGAGGAAGAGCUCAUGGAUAAGUGAGAUCUUCCAGCCUUACAAGUUGGCAGAUUACCGUGGAUUAAUAUCGGAGUGGCAUGAGAACCGGAAGAAAUCAAUUGCGUAG